UCAACCUUCACAAAAAUACUCUCUGUUCUUCUUCUUUUUUCUGUUGCACUCAUCACCAUGCCACCGACGCUCAUACAGACGCUCGUGUUCCUCUUCUUCACCGCCGCGGCGUGUUUUCCGGCUACUGAGAGCUCCGGUGAGCUCCCAACGUUCCGUGAAGCGCCGGCAUUCCGCAAUGGAAGGGAAUGCCCGCGUACGUCGUGGUCCACCGCCGCCGCCGACAAGCGAGCUCACAACCCUUCCAUUAUCCACAUCGCCAUGACUCUGGACGCAACCUACCUCCGUGGCUCCGUCGCCGGCGUGUUCUCCGUCCUCCAGCACGCGUCCUGCCCUGAGAAUGUGGUUUUCCACUUCAUCUCCACCAAGCACCGCCGCUCGGAGCUCCACCGCAUCAUCGCCGCCACGUUCCCGUACCUGACCUUCCACCUCUACCUCUUCGACGCCAACCUCGUCAGAGGCAAGAUCUCUUACGCCGUCCGCCGCGCGCUCGAUCAGCCGCUUAAUUACGCGCGGAUGUACCUCGCCGACCUGCUUCCGGCCACCGUCCGGCGAAUCAUCUACUUCGACUCCGAUCUCAUCGUCGUAGAUGACGUGGCGAAGCUCUGGAGCAUUGAUCUCGGCGCGCACGUGCUCGGCGCGCCAGAGUACUGCCACGCGAACUUCACCAACUACUUCACGCACCGGUUCUGGUCGAACCCUAACUACGCGGCUUCGUUUAGGGGACGCGGCGCGUGCUACUUCAACACCGGCGUGAUGGUGAUCGACCUGUGGAAAUGGCGCGACGGGAAGUACACGGAGAAGCUCGAAAGCUGGAUGCGGAUCCAGAAGCGGAACCGGAUCUACGAGCUUGGAUCUCAGCCGCCGUUUCUCCUUGUUUUCGCUGGCGACGUCGAGAGAGUGGAGCACCGGUGGAAUCAGCACGGGCUUGGCGGCGACAACUUGGAAGGUCUUUGCCGUGACCUUCACCCUGGUCCGGUGAGCCUCCUUCACUGGAGCGGGAAAGGGAAGCCAUGGCUCAGAAUCGAUUCCAAGAAGCCUUGCCCCUUGGAUAGCUUGUGGGCACCCUACGAUCUCUUUCGCCAUUCAUCGUCAUUGUUUUCCGAUUGCUAGUUAGGGUUUUUUUUGUCUUCUUCUUCUUCUUCUUUUUCCCGGCGAGGGUGCAUGAAUUGGCCGUGGAGGCCUGCGUCACCUGAUCGUGGCUCGUCGAGCUACGAGUGUACGAAAAGACGGAAAGGACACACGUGCGGGAGGGUAAUGUGUACACGUGUAUAUUUUGGAUGAAGGGUGACGUUUUUUUUUUUGUAUUUGGAUGGUACGGUAACGUAAAAUGGGGUUGGAUGGUGAUG